AUGGCCACCUUCAUCGACGACGAGGGGCAGUUCAUCGCCCUCGCGGCUUUCGCGAUCCAGUUGAAGUCAGGCGGGGCUGCCCAGCACCCUGCUUCGCAGAGCGCCCUCUUUAAGAUCCUGACCGAUGCCGACCUCGUCGGCCACCUGUUCAUCGAGCAGAUCCUCGACUACUGCAUCUCCGUCGCCGAGCACGCGUUCCCCUCCGAGUGGGCCGAUAUCGCCAGGGAGGUGCUGGCGCUUGGGAGGGUGCCGUGCAGCGUGGCCAUGAUAUGGGAGAACACACAAGAGGUCUUGCGUUUCGGUUUGUUUCGGGCCAGGUUGAUCAUGCAAGCGAUUGCUUUCGCCAUCGGGAAGCCUGGCGUCACCGUGAACUCCAUCGUCGCUGCAGAGUUGGCGAACCUGACUGCGCAGGUCGGCAGCGACGUCACGAGUUGCAUCGAGAACGUAGGGUCGCACGACAUCCAGCUGGCGGGCAAGGAGAAGCAGACGGAGUGGUGGUCGACGUUAUUGAAUGAUAUGCGCAGGAACCAGCACGCGCUGAAGGACAUCGCGAAGCAUAGCCCAGUGGCCAACACGGAUGCCGCGACUACCUCUGACGCUGGCGCGGGCGCAGGUCAGGGCACCAAUGGCCAACUGUCCCAGUUCCAGGUCAAGAUGGAGGCGAAGGGCGGCGAGGGCGACGGCGGCGUGCUUGCCUGCGACGGUGGAUCCAAGCAGCCUGGGCCCGAGCGUGAGCCCGACGCGCCCAAUCUGGCGAAGGAGGUUCAGGUGCUCGUGACCGAGACUGUCAACCUUGCGAGUUUCUACAGGUUCAGGAUGGCGGCUGACGAGGUCGACCUGCCCUUCAUCAAGAUGGUCGAGGCGGAGGCCGAGAAGCAGGUGUGGAACUAUUACAAGAGCUUCUCCCAGCACUGGGGGGACAUCAGCAUCAACUUUCGUGCCACGGACCCGUCGCUGGAAAUCAACAGACGAAUGAGGAUCUGCGCUUGCCGUUCGCUGGACGGCAUCAAGCUCGGUGAGCUCCACGGCGUCCCGUUUUACAUGGUCGGGAACGCGUCGCUCUUCUCGGAGAUCGCGGUUCCCGCCUACAUGGUCAAGGUCGUCGAGAAUGACCCCACCAUGGGGAUCUAUUGGCACGACCUGCAGCUGAACAUGUCCGCGCAGGCGCCGCAGCAGAAGAAGACGGGCAUGAGCCG